GUUGGAGGGGCAACGGCAGGUUGUGAGUUGGGCGGAUUGAAAGAGUAGAGGCAAUAGGUACAGACGACAGGAGGCUUGGCAAGUAAGAUAAGGUUGGUGGUAGUAUGACGUCUGCGUUUGUGGACCAUGUGUGGCACUACAGGUGUGAGGCCGAGAACGAGUCGGCUCGCAAGUGGGAGGCCAAGUACAAGGGCUAUCCGUGGGCCGAGACACUGGCACCGACGAUUGCCACGCCAAAGCCGUUCAUCACAACGGCGGCAAACGUUCGUGCAGAGCCACCGGACCUCGACUAUCUCGUCGCUGAUCUCUAUCUGCGCAAGACUGUGACCGAGCAGGGCGCGUCACGGACUCAAGUGCACUCGCUCGAUGAGGCCGAGGGCGCGGCAGCCGACGACGGCGCGGCAGUCGACGACGGCGAUGCCGCCGAAGGCAAUGACGGAUCACAAGCGGUGCUGACUGACACGCUGGACGUGGCGCACUCGGCCAUCCGUGGCCAGGGCCCUCUCCCCACGCCGUACAUUGUCGUCCCGCCGCUCAACGCCCGCACCCGGGUUGAGGUCGCACGCACGCUCGGCUCGACCCGCCAGCUCAGCAGGCAGAAGCGUCGCCCGCAGUUCUCGGGCAUCACCCGGCGCGGCGAUGCAUUUGAGCUCUGGGUGGAACCCGAUGAGUAAAGUUAGGCCUGG